AAUAAGUAAUAGUUUUCAUAAGAUAGUUAUAUUUUUAUAUAAAUUCGAUAUUAUCGUUCUUAUUAAAGCGUUGAAAAAAUAUUUUAUGAUUAAUUAAUUCCGAACAAAUGCAAUUCGAGUACAUUAUCGGGUAACACUCUUUCCUUAAUGUCAAAAUCAACUAGUAAACAUAAUGUUGUCAACAAUGUCACAAAAUGGCGGUUACUUCUUGCGAGUGCGCAUGUUUGUAGUCCUCUGUCCAUUUUAUAUUUUUUCGGUUGUUAAAUAUCCAGUAGUUAGUGCGUUGAGUCGAGUCUUGUAUUCCUCCGCCUUUCUGUUGUGAGUUUACUUCGAAAAUUUUUCAUAUUUUGGUGAUAGAGACACUUUUUGUGAAUAUUGUGAGAUUUGUGUAUUUUAUGAACUAUUUUAAAAUGCCGAGGCGUUGUGCUUUAGGUUGUGCUCCUAGUGAUGUUCCAAUGCAUCGGUUCCCAGAUGCCAUGAAAUUUCCUGAGCGACUUAAAGCCUGGGUCAAUCUUGUUGGUGGAAAACUUCAAACAUCCUCUGAUUUUGAAUAUUACAAGAAAAAAAGAAUUUGUGAUAUACACUUUUGUGACAGUCACAGAAAUCGUAAUAAACGGUUGAGUGCAUUGGCCAUUCCAACACUUCAUUUGCCUGGACAAUCUCAGAGUCCAGUUAUUUUGGAACAAGCUUUAAUCCCUACUACGAGCCAGCCUAUAAUAGAACAACAAAACAUAUCAGAGCCAUCAACAAGCCAAAGUGUUGUGGAUAAAGAAUUAACUUCUAGCCAAUACCAGCCGAAAUCAGGAUCACCACCUGUGAUUGCAGGCACAUCUCUGCAAAGGAAUUCUGCAUCAAACUGGCUGUUAGAACAUAAUUAUAGUGUUUUAAGCAAGCCUCGAAGAACAGUUGGGAAAGGUAUUGUUCAGCUAUUAUUUAAAAUAUUUUUUGUUCUAUAGGCAGUGUGAUGGCAAUCAUUCGUUUUAAUACCUAUUUUAGAUAUUAAAACUGGAAAUUUCUUGUGAGUUUAAGUAGGCUUAAAAAUGUUUUCAACAGAUAUUCCCAACAACUUAAAGCUGACAAUAAAGAACUACACAUUCUCAACAAUAGUGUAGAUAGUAGAUUUUAUCAAAUUUAUCAAAUGUAAAUUGUUUGUUGCACAAUAUCUCAUAAUGUAAAAGUUAACUUUUUACUUAUGUAGUUCGAAUUAUCACAUAUAAAUUAUCUUU